AUGGCCCCGAUUGAGAUUCCCCGGGGACAGGCCUCUUACAAAAAAAGAGAGGGCAUCAUCACAUUAACCCCAGACAAAACAGCCCUGAUAUGGAGCCCCUUGCCGGGCACUGGCCCACCCGUCAUCUCACUUUCCGUAUCCAACAUCACAAACCUCCAACAGACCCCCAAGACGAAUCCCAAGGUCGUCUUGAGAGUCGUCGAGAAACCCAAAGCGCCCGGAGCCGAUCCGGCUGCCUAUCCCUUCCAGUUCACACAUGCCACCGAGGCCAGGAAUGAGGCCGAUGCCAUCAAGGAUCUUCUCUCUCAGAUCAUUGCUGAGCUUCGUGGCGAUGACCCUUCUUUACCCAAGCCGGCAAAGUCUGGCCCCAACGGCGCCGGCGCCUCUGCCGCCAUGGCCAUGGCCAGUGCCGUGAACUCGAAGCAUUUGCCGUUUCGCUGGUUCGAAGACGACAUGCUAAAGGCCGAUGUAGAACUUCAGCAGUCCCUCAUGAAGAAGGAUAAGGCCUUGGCCCAUAUAUAUAACGACGCAAAGCUGUCCAAGCCAGAUUCAUUAUCAGAUGCCUCCUUCAACAGCCAGUUCUGGGCCACCCGCAUCAGCCUGCUACGUGCCUAUGCCAUCGAGCUGAACCAGAAGAAGGGCUCGUAUAACGUCUUAUCAACCAUCAAGCCCCGGACCGAGAACGGCGAGCUCAAGUUGAACAUCAACCAUGAGCAGGUCCAGCUCAUCUUCCAACAACACCCACUGGUCAAGCGCAUCUACAACGAGAACGUCCCCAAGCUCACAGAGUCCGAGUUCUGGUCCCGCUUCUUUCUCAGCCGUCUAUCCAAGAAGCUCCGCGGCGAGCGCAUCACCGACAAUGACAACACCGACCCCUUAUUCGACAAGUAUCUCGAAGCCGACAACACCAUGGCCGUCCCAGCCAAGAUCACCGCCACGAGUGUGCCCCCCAUCAUCAACAUCGAAGGCAAUGAAGAAAACCAAGGUGGCUUUAGGGGUGGUAACCUCAAAGACGUCGAAAUGCGUCCGCGCGCCAACAUCCCCAUCAUCAAAACGCUCAACUCGCUCUCCGAGAAAAUCAUGGCCAACGUCGCCCCCACAGACGUCGACCCCUCCGCCACCUCCUACUCCAAAGACGGCAUCGCCGACGCCCUGUCCCAACAACUCGCCCUGCAAGACCUCCGUGGCGACGCCGAGGCCCAGCUGAUCCGGCUUUCCGUCAAGGACACCUCCACCUUCUUCACAGGCAACCAGCCCUCGCUCACCGACCAGGAAGCCGCCGACGCGCGCCUCUACGCCACCCAAGUCCCCUCGGACGUGCUCUUCGAAGUGCAAGCGGACAUGGACACUCUCGACUCCGACGGGCGCGGCGGCAUCGAUCUCCACCGGUCCAUCGGGGUCGAUCCCGACUCUGACGACGAGAGCAGCGCUCUGGACUCUAAAAGCGGACCCAAGCCUCAACACGUCGGCUCCCGCGCUGCGCUAAGGUUCGCCCAGAACCAGAUCCUCGAGAGCAUGAAGUCCGCUCGGUCGCACCUCACCACCCACGGCUCGCACACGAAUGCGUCCGAAGAACGACCCAUGUCGUUGCCGACGGACAUUGCCCACCGCGCUACGCUAACCUGCGCUACCACCGCCGAAUUCUUGAAACAGUUUUGGACGGUGUUUAACUCCAGCGACAGCAGCCCAGAAAAGCAACAAGAAUUGGCCUACUUGGCCGACUCGCUCGUACGCUCGAAACAGAGAAUCGAGGCGCUGGCUGAGGAAGCGGAGAAGAGGAGACAGGAGAUUAUGGAGAAGCGGAAAAGGGAGAUUAGAGAGUAUUAUCAGAAGACGGGCCGCAAGGCGAAGUGGGUUCCCGUUGGAGGGGGCAGGGAUGCGGUGUGGGCGGUUUUUGAGGGUGUGGUGGGCGGGUUGGAGAGGGCUGUGGCGGUUUGGGAGAUGGUUAAAAGUGGGAGGAUCUGAAGAUUUGGGAAAGGAAGUAGGUGGAGGUGGUUGUUAGGGAAUGGGUGUUGUGUUGUGUGAAAACGGGAGGAAGAUGGGUAGGAUGAAUUUCAAGAGAAGAGAAGUGAUAGAGGAGGAUGAUAUUUGGGAGCGUUGCCAUGAACGAGAAAAAGUUUCAAGUAUAUAUAGAGGACAGAAAUGGUCCACAAGACAGUAGGCUGGGAUAAUUUGAGUUGAGAGAAGAAGAAACAGACUGACUAUAGCCAUACUAAGCAUUAUGGCUAAAGACCAAUGAUGAAAAGCAUUGAGGAAUUAAGAAUGCAAACUGGUUC